AUGGCGGUUUCGCCAGCAAUAUCAAAUGUUCGAAGCAUACAGAAUGCUAUGAACUUAUUGCAAACGUAUCUUCAAUUAACGGCGUAUUUGUUUCCACCGCAGCCUAAUUUAGAAGAUGGCUGUAAAUUUGAUUACUUAGUGGUGGGUGCGGGGUCUGCUGGAUCUGUUAUAGCGAACAGACUAUCUGAGGAUGCACAGACUAGAGUACUGCUUAUAGAAGCUGGCGGAAACCCUCCUUUGGAAACUAUGUACCCAUCAUUGCUGGCUUACCAUAAAAACUCCCCAGUUGAUUGGAAUUUUACUAACACGGACAGAGUAUGUACACAUCAUAAUUGUGAAAUCCCCGCUUUAAUUCAAGGGAAAAUGUUAGGAGGAUCCAGUAGCCUCAACUAUUUGAAUUACAUAAGAGGGUCCCCAUGCGACUACGAUUCAUGGGCAGCAUUACUGAAUGAUGAUUCUUGGACUUUCAACAAUGUGCUACCAGAAUUUAAAAAAAGUGAAAGAUUUCUAAGUUUCAACUAUGUCACCUCAGAAGCGGGUAAAUUUCAUGGAGCACAUGGGAAUUUAGGAGUUACUAAAGUUCACCGUGAAGCGGAUAUUUUAUAUUUGAAGGCAUUUCAAGAACUUGGUUAUGAAAUAGUCUCGGAUGUCAAUGGUGCUUCUAUAUUGGGUUUCACAGAACCUAUGUUAACUAAUGAUGAAAUUUCCCGUCAAAGCACUGCAUAUUCCUUUUUGUCGCCGAUUAAAGAUCGCUCCAACCUUGUAGUUUUAAGAAACGCGUUGGCAACUAAAAUUAUCUUUGAUAAUAAUAAUGUAGCUACAGGAGUAGAAGUGCUUAUCAAUAAUAAUAAGUUUACAUUUUACGCUGAAAAAGAAAUUAUUGUAUCUGCUGGAGCUUUCAAUUCACCUAAACUUUUAAUGCUCUCAGGUAUAGGUCCUAAAGCACAUUUAGAUCACUUGGCAAUUAAGACAAUUUCAGAUCUUCCUGUUGGAGACAAUUUACAGGAUCAUGCCGGUGCUCCAAUUAUAGUUACUAUGAAAAACUUGAAAUACCCAACCGCUAUUCCGAAUCCACACAAUUUCCCAGUACCUUACACAGUUGGUUUUGUGUCAUUGAAUAAGAAAUCCCAAAUCCCAGAUUAUCAAGCAUUAAAUUAUAUUGCUAAUCCAGAGAUAUUCUCAACAUAUUGUGAAUUCACUUGGGAUUAUAAAAAAUCUGUUUGUGAUGCAUUAAAUCAGGGUAGUCCAGGUACUCAGAUAUUAUUUGGCGUUAUUAAUAUUCUGCAUCCAAAAUCAAGAGGAAAAGUAACAUUGAAAAGUGUAAACCCCUUAGAUCAUCCCGUCAUUGAAACUGGACUGUUCUCUAACACGGAAGAUCUAGAAAAUGUUGUCGAAUACAUUGAAGAUUACAUUCGUGUCGUUAACACAACUAUCUUCAGAGAAGCUGGAGCAGAUAUCGUUUAUUUAAACUCUCCAGAUUGUCCUCAUGAACAUGGUAGUAAGGAUUAUUGGAAGCAUUAUGCAUCGCGUAUGUCGUACACUUAUCAUGACUUUGUUGGAACCUGCUCCAUGGGAUCAGUGGUUGAUUCCCGGCUGCGAGUAAUUGGAGUACAGAACCUCCGUGUGGCAGAUUCUAGCGUUAUUCCAAUAAUUACAAGUGGAAAUAUCAAUGCAGCAGCGAUUCUGAUUGGAGAGAAAGCAGCAAAAAUUAUUAAAGAAGAUAAUAAUAAUUAA